CUACUCCUGACACAGGGUUUCGAUUCAAGUGAUUUUGGCCUACAGUGUUUUUGUUUUAUUGCACAACAUGUAAUUGUUACAAUUAUUGGAAGUUGCAGUUAGUACAUGAUAUUUAUAAAGUAGGUUAGUCGUUUGUUAAUGUAUCCAUUAUAUUUUUAAAACUAGUCAGGGUUGAUGGUAUCUACAAAAAGCUCCUGUCUCUGGUGGUUGAAAAGUCUCUAUGUAUUUUUUUGUUUGUUUGUUUUAGUGGAAAGUUUUCAUGUUUAAUUUUAAAUCUAGUUAGGCGCGCCGCGGUCUACUAUGUUGACCUGGCUGCGUGCGCCGUCCUCGUUGCCAUGGAAACCACAUUACAAUGCUGUGAAUUGUGAUGCUAAGACUUCGAGCUAACCAACUUUAGCCAUAAAGAGGACAACUAACUUGUUUUGUUAUUAUUUGUCCUUCAUAAAAUCGGGAGAGAUGUCACCACAUAAAGAUGUUAAAUUUCCACCGUUGACACCGUCACAUAAACAAAGACUGACAUAUGACUAUAGUCUACAAAAUGGCACUGUCCAGAUAUUAGAGGGAGGCCAAGAAGGAGAAAGUGGUGUUUUUUCUGUCCAACCUGCAGCAAGAAAGCUGGGCUGGACAGGCAGCAGUUGCAUUUAUGCAGGGCCAGGACGAAAGCCUCAACUCCUGUUGCACCUGGAGAGCUAUGUGAACAGAGAGCUUCAUUUUAUCAGCUCCCAUGAGACAAAAUUUCAGGAACUGAAACUGCAGGUCUACCGUGAUGUCUUUGGCUGUUUCAUCAAAGAGUUCAAAACCUACCAACCUCUUCUAUCUGCCAUCAAAAAGGAAUAUGAAACCACUAUAGCAUAUCAGCAGGAUCAAAUCCGAGAAUUGGAACCACUGCGAUCCCAUCUGAGGCUGGUGACGGAGGAAUGUGACAGGAAGAUUCAAGCCCGCUGGGCGGAGGAGCAGGCUGAGAUUGGAGCCUUGAAAAGGGAGAAGCAGCAACUGCAGAGGGACAUUGAGACCAUGAGGGAGAAAGAAAAGGCCAGGCAGGCAGUGGUGGACCAUCUGCAGUGUGAACUCUCAAACCAGUAUCUGCAGUAUCGGGAGGAGCAUGAUGCCCGCAAACUGCUGAUCUGGCAGCUUAAUGACCUAACAAGAGGCUCUGUGAAGGAGGAGCAUCCUGCAGAUGAAAACACAGAUGCAAAGGACUCUGUGGCGCUGCAGCUCGCUCUGAAGGUGUGUCGGGAGGACCUGACUAAAGCCCAGGAGGACCUCACCAGGAUGAAGGCAGAGUACUGGGAUUUCGUACCAAGACGCAACUGGGACACUCUGGAACAAACACACAAACAGACCCUCCUGCAGUUGAAGACACUGCAGGGUGACUUUGAUCAGUUGAAGAGUGAGUAUGACAUCCUGCUGGAGCUCCACAAAGGAGACAGCAUGCAGAACAACACACAGGAGCCCAUAAAUGUGCAGGUACUUCAUAAUAUCCACAGAAGUAUAUGUUGUAUAUGUUGUGGUCAGCUGAUGGAUGAGAGUGAGUCUAAAGGGCAAGCCCACAUCCAGUCCAACAACCCAAAAGACUUGAUCGACUCUGAUGCCCCUGAGAGCGGCACACUAACUGUCCAGGAGUUUAGGGCGGCCCUGAGGACAGCGUUCCCUCUGAAGUCAGAUCAGGAAAUAAAUGAACUUGUGGACUCAGCUCAAAGCGAAUCAGACAACAGCAAUGACACAAUCUCCUCUCAGAGACUCCACAGCCUGCUGGCAGAAUGCAGCAUCACAGCUUUACCUCCAGCUCUUGAAGAAUCAGAAGAAAAGGCUGCAUCAAAUCCCUUCCCAACCAGCAACUGAGGACACCACGAAUGUGUUCAUCUUGUUCCAAUCUAGAUUUAUAAAUAGGAC